AUGCCCCAGAGUCCGACCUACUUGUCCGAAACGCAAAUAUCUCUUCUCAUAAAUUACUAUUUCAGCAAACAACGAUUCAUUUCCGCGGUUCUCUCUAUCCGAUACUUCAUUGUCUUUUUCAUUCAGUUGUUUGCCAUUGCCUUCGUUCUAUGCUUAAUCCGGAUGACAGACUCAGAGGGAAUUAUGUCCCGUUCUGAUAAACAAGAAGGCGACGAGGGGAGUGAAGACACGAAAGUUGCGGAUUACACUUUUGCUGCGGAUGGUGAUGAAGAGGAUAGUGUUGCCCAUCGAAUCGGUGAAGAUGGAAGUCAGGGAAAAACCAUCUUUGGUCCUUUAAGCAAGGAGGAGUCUGAACAACUUCAGCGUGAGGCAAAUGAAGAGACCACUAAGAGUGAGGAUCUAAGGCUUUUCCUCCAGGAGAUGCGUCAACACAUGCAACAGCAGCAGCAACAACAACAGCAACAGCAACAAUACCAAGUUGGUUCCACCUCUCAAAUGUUCGGCAGCAGUGGUGUCUCGCACCAUCAGCUUCAACACCAGACUUCCACACGCAGCCAUGUCCUUCAACAGGCCUUCAGCAAUGCCACUCCUGCCAAUACGCAGAAACGCUCUGUUGCUGGACCUGAACAGGACAAUGUGAUUGACAGUUCUCCGGACGGCGGUUGGGGCUGGAUUGUAGUCUUCAGCUCCUUUGUCUGCAUGAUCCUCGUGGAGGGCAUCUGCCUCUCUUACGGCCUCCUUGUGGCGCCCAUCUGCCCCGGCAACAGCCUUCAGGCUGUGGAAAUUACCACUCCCUUUCUCUCACGCUCCCGCCUCCUCACUGCCACCUCGUUAGGCAUUGUUUGGUCCUCCAAAGCCCGUACCAUCCCCCUCCGCCCUGGGACUUGCGUGGGUGUCUCGGAGAUGGGCGAGGCAUUGGGCACGCAGUCACGCAUGGCUCUCAUUGCCCCUGGGGGCCUGCUGGUGGGAAUUUACCUACUGUUGGAUGUUUUGUCGUACUCCAAUUCAGUCAAUUCACCGUACUUUCCGCCCACAGGUCCACUGGCCAGCGCGCUUAGCAAUCAAUUCGACUUUCGACCGGUGGCUAUGGCUGGAGGAGUGAUUGCAACCGUGGGUCUCCUGACUGCUGCCUUCUCCACGAAUGUGGCAAUGCUCAAUGCGACUCUGGGUUGUAUUGGAGGGAUUGGUUUUGGAUUGAUCUACCUCCCAGCCAUAGCGACUGUCGGUCACUGGUUCAAACGUCGGCGACCUUUCGCCGUGGGAUUGGCACUCUGUGGCAGCGGGGUUGGCAGCAUUGUGGGAGGUCAGGUUCUUCCCCUUCUACUUCAGUGGUUCUCGUGGAGUGGCACUCUCAUUGUUCUCGCUGCCUUCUGCAUGCAGUGUCUGGUCUUGAUAGUCCUCUUUCGACCUCUUGACCUGCACUUCCGUAUUAAGUACUACCAGAACCAGCGACGUCAAACAGCCCGUGAGAAGGAGCGGCGAGACGCGCAUGUCUCAACCGAGCAACAGCGCCGACGUCGACGCGCUGUCAAGGCGGAGGCCUCGGAGGCGGCUGCACGGGCCAAAGCGCAAGCCAUGGCUCGUGCCCAGGCAGCUCAAGCGAGGGCUGCCAAAAAGGCGUUGAAGGCACAAAAAACGCAACAGCAGAGGCGGGUUAUCUAUCGAGGCCAAGCAGGCGAGUUUAUUGUGAACAAGACCAUGGAUGGGGAUUUUUGGCUCUACGAGACCUCUGAUUGUUCAGCAGUAAAGCAUUUGAAUGGUGUCGAAGACGAUUCCACCUGUAGCCUUUAUAAUGGUGAGAUGCCUGAUUCUGGACACCGGAUCGUCACAACUACUCCAUCGGUUGAUGCAGUUAUUGAAGAGAAGGGCGCCCUAAUCGGCUCAAUAAUGCAACGCAUUAUCGAGGAGAAGCGUCGCCAGCGUACCGUCUCCAUCGGCAGCCUCGACGGGAUGGUGAUCACACGCGACAACGAGCUAAUCGCCGCGCCACUGGUGGCGGAUCGACCGCCCCUCCUCACCGCUGCCUCAAUCACGCGCAUAUCCGAGGCGGUGAUGCGCAAGAUGGAAGCCCGUCUUGCCGCCUGUCAGGAGAGCGAUGGUGAUGGUGGUGAUGGUAAUAGUGGAGGCGGCGAGACACCGGUGCGGUGUGACUCGAACGUCUCGCAGCCCUCCUUGUCAAGGAAGUCAUCCACCUUAGCAAACACCUCUCAUGCUACUGGGCUCUCCCGUCUUAACCUUGUUCGCGAAAGCCUUCCUCAGCUGAUUCAAAGCUAUGUGCAAUCUCAAGCCUCCAUUGCAGUGCAAAACUACAUGGCCAAGCAGCAUCAUCAGCUGCUCGCCCAAUCUGGCGCCACCGCGGCUUCGGUUGGUGCAUCCACCGCUGCUACGGUUGCCGUAUCCGCGGGCGCUGCCAAUCCUGCCAUUGAGGCGACCGCUGCACUUGCAAAUUCUCGGAUGCGAUCCAUUAGCAAUGCUACUAGCGUCUACCCCACGGCUGGAAGUAAUACACCACAAACACAGAAGGCUCGUGCGUUGUCCUCGCUGCUGCAAAGUCGGGAGUUAACGGUAGCGACGGUGGAGGUGCCGUCGCCAGGGCCGCCGCGUCGUUUCUUUGUACCCUCUUCUGCCUGCGCCUCGGAGUGUCUCAGUCUCCGACGAACCAUUUCGGAUGCCAGUAUCACUUCCUCCAACCGGGGAAUGCAGGUGCCUUUGGAGAUCCAACAGGAGGUGGCCGAACUUCUAGACGGAGAGGUGCGCACCGAGGUACAGCAUAGACUGCGUCGCGAAAUGAUGCGUCCGCAGUAUAAAAAGGAUCUCUUUUUCACUGGAUCAGCCUUGCAGCUGAAUCACACACCGGUGUCUGCAAUUCCGCUUCGAGAUGCUAGUAAUGUCUGGGCCAUCCGCGAUCAAUCAAACUGGGACAUCGGCCCCAUCUCACCUGCCACUCACCACCCUGCCGCUACUCCCAAUGCCACCAUUUCCACCCGUGGCUUCUGUCCAGAGACAGACAGCACCACAACGGCCGUGGUCAUCGCCAACACUCCUGUCGUCGCCCCGACCAUCGACCCUAAAUCCUCCAUCACCUCAGCAACAACCACUAUCCACCAACAGCACCAAAAUAAUCCGAAUCAACUGCUGUCGAAGUUAUCACAGACAGGUGGCAAGUGCGCCGGAGACGCUGUGCGUGUUGUCAUGGACUAUGAGGACGAGGGAGACGACAUUAUUUCCAUUCCUCUCCCAAUCGGAAAGAGAUUUGGCUGUUCCAAUCCAAUCUUGACCUUUCUGGAGGAGUUACUGGCACCGGGACUACUUCUCAGUCCCACCUUCAUUUGUCUCCUGUUGUCGAAUGUCUUCACAAUGUGGGGUCUCGUCAUUCCUUACUUUAUGCUACCCGACAUGGUGGCGGAGAACAACUGGACACCGCAUGAAGCCGGUUCCCUAAUCUCCUGCAUUGGAUUCGCCAACACCAUUGGUCGCUGCAUUGCCACACUGUACAUCGAAAAAGGUGAGCGGUUUGUUUGUUUGACCUUUGAACGAGAGCGACGGCUGGAUGGUGUGAAGAUCACGCAGGAGGGUGAAGAGAUGCUCAUUGGCCUCCCAGGAUCCAAAGCUCGCCUUUAUGGCAAAGGUGGUGAUGCUGGAGGGCUGAAACAGCUAGCGUGGUACACAAGGGAGCCAGGAGCCUGGUCUAGCCAUUACAAGUGGGCAGACUGCCUGCGCGUGAACGUGGCCUCCCUUUUUCUGGCCGGAGUGGCGUGCGGGAUGGCACCGCUAGUGGGACGUAGCUACAACCUCCUCAUCUGUUUCGGUUGUCUCUUCGGUCUCUUCUCCGCCGUGGUGGUCUCUCUCAAAAGCAUCCUUGUGGUGGAGCUCUUCGGAUUAGACAAACUCACCAAUGCCUUUGGUCACAUGCUUGUCCUUCAAGGCGUUGCUAGUAUCGCUGGCACGAUCAUCGGUGGUCAUCUGUUCGACACUCUAGCCUCGAAAGCACCCGAUUUCACUCCAUUGCUCAAUUCAAACACUCCCCUUGUCUAUGCCGCAGAAACAUGUUUCUACUUCGCUGGCGGUAGUUUCCUGCUAGCCGCACUGUUUGCCAGUUCUUUGCGUUACCUAGCAAAUCGCGAGGUCAUCUCGGCAACGUACACCACAACCGGCCCCGGAGUUGUUGGUGGCGGCGGUGGUGGUGGUAUCUACGUGGACGAUUACUUCGAUUACGGUGAAGGCGGAGCAGCAGCAGCAGAAGAUGGGUCCGCUGUUAUUGGGGGCGUUGCUUCUCUCCCUCCACCUACUUCUGUCACUGAGCCGGGGACAGGAAAUACCUCUGAAUCUACCGUGAAUCUGGCGCAGUCACCGGCACCGCCACAAUUGCAACAACCACAACCACCACCUUCAUCACUACAACCGCCUUUCGAUCCCGGGAUCGUGGGCUAUGUUGGCGAUGCUGGGUCGUCUGGAGGCGUAACGGCGACGAUGAUAGAAGCUGUGGAACCUCCCCUGCCACCCCCACCUCCUCAGCCGACUAUCCCAGAUCCUUCAACAAUCCUCUCUCCGGCUCCACUGCCUUCCAGCCUGUUCAUUACGCCAACAGAGACGGAAGCUCAACCGCAAAUUCAAGCUCCAGUGGACCUCGGAGGUCUGGAUGCUGAUUCAACCCUUGGUGGCGCUGUGGUGGAAGGUGGAGGUGGGGGAGUUGGGGAAGUGUUGUCGGAGGAAGACAGAGGUGAAGUGAUAACGACAGCAGGAGUACCAAUGGGAAAUCUGCCCUCUAGAUCAACGAUUCAGCCUCAGCCACCACAGACGCAGGCAGCAACGGAUUCAGGACUGGCGUGGAGUGCCCCCAGCGGUGCUCCGGUUGUGGCAGCAGUGCCUGCUAGCACGACAGCCGAGGUGAAGGCGACUUUAGUGGCUGAAGAGCCUGCUCUAGAACCAGUGAAGGAGGAAGAGGAGGAGGAGGAGGAGAUGGAGGAACAGCCAUUGGUUCCAUUAGCGUCGUCGCUGCAGCCACCUCCACCGUCUUCCGAUAUUGACGAGUCCUCUUCUACGAUGAAGAAAGACACGGAGACGGUUGCCAUGACAUGA